AUGUUCAACCGCAUCGCGCGGCGCUACGACCUGGCGAACAAGUUCAUGUCGCUGGGCAUGGACCAGGGCUGGCGGCGGGGCCUCGUGGCCGCGCUCGAACUGGCGCCGAGCGACCGCGUGCUCGACCUCGCGACGGGGACGGCGGACGUCGCGAUCCUCGAGGGCGCCGCGGGGCCGGCAGUGCUCGGCGUCGACCCGAGCGCGAACAUGCUCGCCAUCGGCCGCACGAAGGUCGCCGCCGCGGGCCUCGACGGCACCGUCGAGCUCGCGCUCGGCGACGCGACGGACCUCGAACACUUGGCGGACGGCGGUUUCGACAAGAUCUCCAUCAGCUUCGGCAUCCGCAACAUCCCCGACGUCGACGGCGCCCUGAGGGAGAUGCGCCGCGUCGCCGCGCCGGGCGCGACGCUCGCGGUCAUGGAGUUCUGCGAGCCGACGGAGGGCGUCCUCGCGCCAAUCGCGCGACUCUUCAUCAAGCACGUCGUGCCGCGGCUCGGCGCGCUGCUGUCGGGCGCGCGCUGGGACGAGUACAACCACCUCCAGCGGUCCAUCGCCGCCUUCCCGCCGCCGCCGGCCUUCCGGAGCAAGGUCGAGCGCGCGGGCUUCGCGACGCGGCCGCCCGUCUUCUACGCCGCGGGGAGCGUCGCGCUCUACGUGGGGACGGCUAACUAG